GUGUGGGAGAGUUAACUCUUUUUAAAACUGUUACUCAAUAGUGGCGUAUGUCAUACUCACUAACCGUCCCUCAGAAACUGCAGAUGCUUGUCUGUCGCCGUGCCAUUGAAGCCAUGCACUAUGAAGACCGUUUCGCGCUGUUUCCCAAAUCCGCCCUUGUACAAUGACAACGGAUUGUGGAUGUUCAACGGUAGUCCGCUGCGUGGCCCAGUGCUGCAAUUAGCCAAAUGAAGUGCAGCUUUUUUUUGUGAUUUUGCUGUACAGUGUAGAGCAAUGAGGCGCAAAGAUUAUCAACUGGUGGACAAUUAGCCACGGUGCAUGACCGAAGUAUAGUUGGACCAAAACAAAACACUGAGCAGUUGGGUUGGGGAAAAUGCGUGAAUUUGUGAGGUUGAUGCGCUGCAGCACUUUCGGAGCUUCUGCCAUCGUCAUUGUGAUUAGCUUGACCUGUGCACCAGCCGAGGAGCGUAACAAGUGGACAACGGUCGACUGGCUGCGACAAUUGAACUACACUCACGAGUUGCACAAUGUGACCACCGACGAUGGCUACCAGUUGCAGUUGCAGCGUCUGCCCCAAGUUGGGGCACGCCCCGUGCUUCUGGUGCACGGACUGCUGAGCUCCUCGGUGGGUUGGCUUUGCCUGGGGCCCGACAGAAGUUUGGCGUUUCAGCUGCAUCAGCGCAAGUACGAUGUGUGGCUGGCGAAUCUGCGUGGCAUGUCGCCCUAUGGCAGGCAUCACAUCGAGCUGACCGAUGUCAUGUCUGAGUUCUGGCGCUAUAGUUUCCACGAGCAUGGCGCAUACGAUUUGCCCGCCAUAAUUGACCACAUUGUGGCGCUGCAAGCGCGUGAGAAGCACGACGAUGUGGCCAACGAGGAGGAGCAGAAAGCAAAGCAAUCGCUGGCAGCGCAUCGAGUUUUGCUAAUUGGACACUCGCAGGCAUUCAAUGCUUUCCUAGUGCUGUGCGCUUUGCAUCCGCGAUUCAAUCAGCACAUCCAGCUCAUUCAGGCUUUGGCACCUCUAGCUCGACUGCAUCACCAGGUGCGAUUCGAUCACACGCAUGUGCGCGACAUCAUGAAGUUUGUCAAGAAACGCCAAAAGGCUAAUAAAUAUGAGCUGUUUCCGCCAGGAGAACUGAAGAGAAUGUGUCGCAAAAAGAAGGAACUCUGCGAGUAUUACACUAAAAAUCUAGUGGGAAGUGCACAAAGUAACAAGAAGCUACUCGACAUCUUCAACUAUGAUCAUUUGCUGCAGGGUGGUUCAGCGAAAGAGUUGCGGCACUUGCAACAGAUCUGGAAAUCGGGUGACUUUAUAGCCUACGACUAUGGACCAAUUGAGAAUAUGCAAGUGUAUCACGGCGUUGAGGCGCUGUCCUAUAAUCUAAGUCAGAUCAGUGUACCCAUCAUAUUGUAUUUUGGGGAAACCGAUGCGAUUGCCACGCCCCAAGGGGUGCACGAUAUCUACGCCCACAUGUUGAGCACAGUGCAAAGUGUGCGACGCAUUGCGGCAACCAAAUUUAAUCACUUUGAUUUUCUGCUUUCGUCAGAGGUUAAAACAUUGGUUAAUGACAAACUGAUUGAGCUAAUGGAAAAAUUUCUCGAAGGUAAUUUGCCCUAUGUAAUUGAAUGAGAGACAGAGGAGGAGAAGAUGGGGGUAAGGGGACAACAAGUGGUGCUAACUAAGUAAUUGGGCUUUGGCAAAGCUCACAUCAAAGGCGUCCAUUGAGUCUCAUUAAAAGUGCGAGCGGCCAAGCGAAAUGUUUUAUUUGUCUUGGCAGCAAAGUGGCAAUUAUGUAAUCGGCUCACAGCUGACCAAAAAAGAAACAACAACAAAGACACAGUAUAUAAAACAGAAAUAAAAAACUGAAUACUAAAAGCCUCACAACAAAAAUAUGUGACAAACUGAUGUCUGGGUCCCAACACUUUUACUUUCUUUUGAUUGCCCACUUAAAAGGCAAACGCACAAAACAUUUAUUUGUUAGUGCUUUUUUUCUUUUAUUUUUUGUUUGUGGUUGAGGUUGUCUUUUAAUUUUUUUCAUCGCCUAUUUGACCCACAAUAGACGACACAACUGUGGUAACGGUGGCUAAGCCAAAAAGGUUAUUAAGCCAUUUCGCUUGAAACCUGGCCAAAAAGAAGGCACAGCACACACAAUAGACUAAUAAUAAUUUACAUCUAUUACUGAAAAUGCACACAAAUGGGCAAUAAUUAAAUGGAAUUGAUAACUUAUCUAACUAUUAUGACUUGGCUAUUUUUGUAAAUAUUAUUAAAGACUUCCGUAUUAAUUAUAUGCUUACAUUCAAGUAUAAAAUUGUUUUUCAAUUUAAUUUAAUUUUGAAUAAAUUUCACAUAAAGAUUACAUUUUUAAUACCUAAUUUUUGUUUAACAUAUAACGUAUUUAAUUCCAUAUUUGUUAUAAGCAAAUUGACAUUUAAAUCAAUGAUAAUAUUGAAUCAACUGAUUUAUAUUAUGUGGCAUUUAAUUAACUCGUUUAAUUCGUUCAAUAUUUAUGUUUUAAAAACGCAGCGUCAUUGUCGUCUCGAACUCUACAUUUUUAUUGCUCUGUAAACACUUUCUCAUUUAUCACCGAAGCUUACACAAUUUUGUGUCUUACAUUGUAAUCACUUAUUACAACAUUUCACACUGCAAGGUGACCUCAUUUCGAAGUAGCACAAUUUGUAGGUGUAAAGCACACAAAGCGAGGUUUCACUGUAGCUAUCUGUUGUCUGCAGUUCUUCGUUGAUAGCAACGCACUACGCAUCGCAAUGUCUUUUUCUCCACCCUUUCUUUCACAGUCUGUCAUUUUAAUUAUUUAUGGCAAUCAUAUGAUCGACUUUUAAAUACCCUUGAAGUAGAGAUAUAAAAGUAUCUGAGUGGGACAGAUCUAAAUGUUUGCAAAAAUUCGAAUACAUUAAAAGCUAAAUGUAAGAUAUGAUUUAUGAUUUAUG